AUGGCGGAAGCGGCCAUGGCCAGCGCCGGCGGCCUGCAGCUUCGCAGCCCCAGGGCGCCCCCUCCCGCCCCCCAUCUCCAGCAGCAGCGCCGCCGCCCGCAGCCGCGCUGCCGCGCCCGCAGCAGCGAGCAGGCGGCGGGCCGGGCCACGCCCCUGGACGUCAUGCGCAGCGACAUUUCUUUCCUGGAGCACCGCACGGGGCUGGACCUGCUGACCCCGCUGGAGGCGGUGGCAAAGGCGCAUGUGGAGGCGCACGAUGAGGUGGUGGCGGUGCUGAACCCCAUCGCCGGGGAGCAGAUGCAGCGGCAUCUGGAGGAGCAGAUAGCGGGGAUGCAGCGAGAGCUGGCGGCGGCGCACACCCAGAUCCACCGCUCAGAGGGGCGCCUGCAGGACACGGUGCAGCACCUGACGCGGCUGGAGGGCAGCGUGCGGCAGGCGUUUGGCGGGGCCGCCGAGGCGCCCCCCGCCGCGCGCAGCGCGGGCGGCGCGGCGGCCUCGGCGGCCGCCACCGCCGCGGCCUCCACGCAGACCGCCACUAGCACGCCGGCGCCGGCGCACACGCAGCAGGCGCCGCGGCGGGCGCAGCAGCAGCGGCAGCGGCGCGGGCGGGACGACGGGCUGGCCAGCAGCCUUACCCUGCCGGAGCAGCUCAAGGACCAUUGGUUCCCGGCAGAGUUCAGCGCCAGCCUGGCGGAGGGCAAGAUGGUGCCCUUUGAGCUGUUUGGCCAGGCCUCCAUGAUGCCAACCCAGCUGCUGCUGGCGGCCGCGGCCCUGGCGCUGCUGGCGGCGCCGCUGCCCGCCGCCGCAAGCUGCCGCAAGGUGCGCAAGCACGUGCCUCGCGAGGAGAUGUUCUUCAACCACCAGCCCGCGCCCCAGAAGAGCCUGGAGGAGCUGCCCAAGGAGUGGAGCUGGAACAAAGUGGAGGGGCGGUCCAUGCUGGCCCCCUCCUGGAACCAGCACAUCCCGCAAUACUGCGGCUCCUGCUGGCUGCACGCCACCACCUCCAUGAUCCAGGUGCGGCAGGUGGCGGCGGUGGACCGGCUGAAGAUCGUGAAGGGCGGCAUCGGCCCAGACACCAUGCUGGCCCGCCAGGUGGUGCUCAACUGCGGCGCAUUCCACGGGUACGGCGAGGGCUGCAACGGCGGCGACGUCAUCGACGUCGUUCGCUACAUGAAGAGCUACGGCCUUCCCGACGAGAGCUGCCAGGUGGUGGCGGUGGCGGCGGCGGCGGUGGUGGUGGUGGUGGUGGUGGUGGCUGGCGGUGAUAGUGGCCAGUGGCGGCUGGUGGUGGUGAGUGUCGGGUACGCCAUCCCCACCUGGCAGGACGAGCAGGACGUGCGGUCGGGCAAGAAGCUGGGCACCAUGUGGGGCAUCUUCUCCAAGGAGGACGCAGACAAGAUCAUCCCAGAGGGCCACCGCCACCCGCACUUCAGCAAGGACCAGCCCGAGGACGACUCUGCCACCGCCUCCGAGUUUAAGGACACCCCAGAGGACCGCCCCGAGGGCCCUGCCGCCGCCGCAGAGCGAUAUGGGGGCUCUGCCGCCGUAGAGGGCGGCGCUGCCGCGCGGGGCAAGCAGGCGCAGCAGCCCUCGCUGCGGGUGGAGCCGUUUGGCGGCCGCCAGCAGGCGUGA